GUUAAUUCAAAACUGGGGGAAUUAUACGUCCGUGAUUCAGUCGACUUAUAUAGUAAUUUCUGGGAAUGGCUGAUGUAAUCUUUAUGAAGAAGACAGCCGAUAUAAAAUCAUAUCCACCUGUAAAUGUUGCAGAUGCGUUGUUGUAUUUUUCUGUCCCCAGAAACCAUAAAUGUCCCAAGUGACUCGUUUAUCAUGUUAUUAAAAGAACCUUCCCGUUACAUACGUGACUUUUGACAUUUCGAAGUACUUGCAACAGCGUUAAGAUUUAUGUGUAUAAUGUUUAGACCAACCAAGCAGCUGGAAAAAAAAAAGUUGGUCCGAUUAUAUUGGUUACAUAGUAGGUUGUCCAUUUUAAACCGUAGCCCAAUUGGUUGAUUGGUUGCUGUUUUUAAUUUUGUUUUUACCAACGAAAUGUGCGCCGGAGUAAACAAGCCUAGGAGACGUUUUUUGAUUCCCAGUCGAAUUCAAUUGCUUUACGAAUGCGAAUGAUGCUACUGCCCUAGAAUUGCAAAGUUAAAUUAUACGGAAGAUUGAGAACAAUCUGAUUUUUGGUUGGUGAUUGAUUACUCCAUAUCGACAAUGAGGAGAUAUGCAUACAUGCAAACAGACUUAUUUAUUGUAUGCAAUGUUAACAUAACUUUGUGGUAAACCUAAGGAAAAUCGAUUUGAUUGGACAUGUCUCAGGUAGCAGUUUGAUUCUGACAAAAAUAUUUUAGUCAUUUGGGCAUCAUAUGGCAUUAAACUUCGGAUGUAUUAAGUUAGUACCUGGAUUUACAGCUGAUGGAGGUGUAGUUUUAUGAAUGCGGUGGGGCUAGGAGAAAAUUCAAAUGGAGGCUACCGGUAUUCCAGUUACAGGCGGUAUUAAUGAAUCUCAAACUACGACUUCUACUGAAACUAGCAGUGAUCUUACACAUACAGUUGCCUUAACUUUUUGCCUGUCCAUAAUGGCAAUUAUUGGUAUUAUAGGAAAUACUUUAGUGAUCAUAGCUGUCUGCAAGAAUCGCCAACUCAGGACUGCCACUAACUGGUUCAUUGUCAGUCUAGCAUUCGCUGAUCUUUUCGUAUGUGUUGCAAUCAUACCAUUUGCAUUAGCGUUUAUGGCGAUUGGCAGAUGGGUCCUCGGCAUAGUGAUGUGCUACAUCUGGUCUUCUCUGGAUAUUAUGUGCUGCACGGCCUCGACUCUGAGUCUCUGUGCUGUAAGCCUGGACCGUUACUGGGCAAUCACGUCUCCACUAAAAUACACGUCCCUGAUGUCAUUCAAGCGUUGCCGACUUAUUAUUAUGUUCAUUUGGAUCUUUUCAUUUACUCUUGCAAUGACACAACUCUUGUGGGAGCUGCUUCCAGACAUCUCUGAGAACCCUGAAAGAUGCUCUUAUUCAAAAAAUAAGGCAUUUAGAUUGUAUUCUAGCGCGUCGUCCUUUUUCAUUCCGAUUUCAAUAUCAGUCGUUAUUUACUGUCGCAUCUUUUCAGUAGCCCACCGCCAGGCAAGGCGAAUUAGUAUUCAGGAGAAUAUUCGUAGGCCUUCGUGUUUAAGACGUAUUAGUCAAAACGAAUUAAAUACAGAAAUUGCACUACAGAACAAAUCUCCAUCGAUUUCCGUCAUAUCUAAUGUAUUUAAUCAAAUAGAUAUUUCAAAGGCUGUAAACUUGCAAAAAAAUAACAAAGACGGUUUACCGAAGAAAACAGUUCGGCGAGCACUUUCUGUGAUAUCAUCAGAUACUGGUUCAAUCCGACCACACUUUCCAAUAUCUCGGGAUUGGAAGGCUUUGAAAACAACUGUGGUUGUUGUCGGUGUUUUUAUAUUUUGCUGGAUUCCAUUUGCAACUACAUACGUUCUGGAGGUGUUUUGUGAAAAAUGUGAGUUCUCACCGACGUUACUGUCACUGGUUCUGUGGCUUGGGUACGGCAACAGUGUAGUAAACCCUGUCAUUUAUACGCUAUUGAACAGAGCGUUUAGAAAAGCAUUUAAACAUUUGAUUUUUAGGAAAAGUCGUUUUGGAAGUAGUGGAUCUGUUGGUAAUGAUAACGAUCCAAAUAACCACAGGUUUUAAUCACUCUUGCCACAAACAUAUUGGUGCAGUCAGGUCCAUUUGCGGAUUAAAUGUUAGCUUGAUUCAGCCAAGUGCUAAAAAAGGAAGGAUUGAAGUUAUUAAGACAGUAGGCUCUUCUUCUAGCAGUACGGUAAGGUGUUAUACAGUAAUCAUCCAGAAAAGCAUUCUUACGAAACUAAGUGUUAUACUAUAUUAUGCAAAUCAUGUAAAUACUGUACAAAUUAUUCAAUAUCUACGCGGUGCAAGAACAUUAUUAAUGAUAAUAGUAAUAUUUUUGUGUUUUGGUGAUUCUAAAAGGUUUUCUACAAUGAACAUUUCAAGUCGCAAAUAUGACAGAAGUUGCGCGUUAUUUACAAAGGCAGAUUUUUAUCAUCAAAAUGAUAAUUGAGAGAAAGAGACACACCAGUGUAAGGAAUGAAUUCAUAGUAGAUAGCUCAAACAACUUUGUUUCAACAAGUACAUCGAAACUUUUGUCUUGUAAAUCCACACUCAUGGUUUAUAAAAUACAGGUCUCCUUUUAACUAAAGACCCCUUCAAAGACAACCUCCAAUUAAAGAUCACUUUUCUGUGGUCCCAAAUUCACAAAUUUCUUUUAUCUUUGUAAUUCUAAAUUUGAGACCAAAGCUGCUGCUGCUGCUGCUGCUGCUGUUGGUAAAGCAUCCCAAAAGUGGUCUCGUCUUUAAUUUGAGGGAGACCUGUGGUACUUAAAUAUUGAUAUCUUUUAAAAUUGUUUUUGUACGUAGGCUUAUGCCUGUAUUGAAAAAUUGAAAUAUGUGAAAUUAAGUUAUACAUUUUCGUGAAAGCUACCAUUUUUAAUUAUAACAUUUCUUAUUUUCAAAAAACUCUCUCUUUGAAGAUCCCGUCUUGUCGUUUAAGAUGCUUAUGAAGGGUGUGUAUCAACCUAUGUAUAGCUGUGUGCGUCGAAUACUAGUGCUGUAUCGGCUUAUCGUAUAGAGUGUGAAAUCAAUAUUGUUGUAUUGUGAUAAUUAUUUUCGCUGGGACUUUAAAAUUAUCCUAACAUGGCAUUGUAUAUUUAUCCAAUAGGCCUAUGCAUAUCACCCGAAACCAAUUUCCGCUAUAAUUGUUUACAUUCUGAUUAUAAAUUCGACGUUAACAUUUUGUAGAUAUUGAAUGGUUUAAUCUCUUUGAUCAAAAGGCAUAUAUUUCAAUAAAUGUGGUACCGUCAAA